AUGGCAACGCCCAGCACCUAUCCAUCGCACGGGUCCGCGGUGACGAACGGCUACACUGACAGCCAGGCGACCGCCGCCGCCGCGCUUUCGCAGCACAAUGGCGACGAGGUGCAGACCAACGGGCGCAAGCGCAAAGCACCCGGUGCACCCGGCAGCAGAGGAGUUGCCAACCUUACACCAGAACAGCUAGCGAAGAAGCGCGCCAACGACCGUGAAGCACAGCGAGCCAUACGCGAGCGUACACGAAACACAAUCGAGACGCUCGAGCGUAGGAUCCGGGAGCUCGAGAGCCAACAGCCAUUUCAAGAACUACAACGGGCCAUUGCCGAACGAGAUGCCGCUUUGCGUGAUUGCGAGGAAUUGAGACGGCGACUCGCUACAGUCGCGCAGGUGGUGGGCAGUAACAUUGCAGAGGGUGGACUAUCCGUUACAAAUGGAGCGGCUGCGCAAGGCGUGCAAGCAAGUUUAAAUGAGUUGGCGGCAUUGGGAGCGCAGCAGACUCCCUUGCCUACUUCUGUGCCUUCUACUUCCCUUGGACCUUACCAGACAGCGCCGUAUCCUUCACAUGCAGGGUCAGGUGGGUUCAACGACACGCUGGUACAUCCGGAUCUCAGGAGCCCGGCGAGCUAUUCGAGCGGCACGCCGCUUACUCAUGGGAGUCCGGGGACGGGUCAGCCUCAAGGUAGUACGUUGAUGAAGUGGAGUCCGAGUCUGGAGCCUCUCAACCAUGCCCAGCAAGUACCGCCUGCGCAGAUGCAGCAACAUGGCCAAACGAACGGCGGGCACUAUGAGCACGAGCAGGCGUCACAACAAUUACAGCCUCCAGCACAACUCCAACAGCCCGUAAGCAACUCUGAUAGAUGCGAUCUCAGGUUUCUGCUGGACUCGAACGGCUCCCCAAACGCCCAAGCGCCAGCAAUGGCCUACCCUCAGACGUCGGCUCAGCCAGAGUUACUGCCUGUCCAUGCAAGGCAACCGUACAAUACGCCACCAAGUAGCCCCCUGGACUCUCUGCUGAGUGACUUCAUCGCUAACCGUCGUGCUCAAGUCAAGGCCGGCGUGCCGGUUCACGAAGUGCUUGGUCCCGAGUACCCCGACUUCACCGCAUUGAGAGACCAGGGCGUCAGCUCCACACAACCGUGUCACCCGGUAAGCACGCUGCUUAUUGACGUCCUGUCCAAGUUCCCGGACAUUUCACAACUGUCGGAACGGGUGGCCGUGCUCUACGUCAUGUUCUUACUGGUACGCUGGUUCAUCUCCCUGGACGAAGCUUGCUAUGAAAGACUACCGGAAUGGGCCAAGCCCGUGACGGAGCAGCUGGAAAGACCACAUGCUCUGUGGAAUGACCUACUGCCAUGGCCUUUUAUGCGCAAGCGCCUUGUCACGGCAGCUUCGCCGGUCAAGUUCGACGAGUUCUUCGUGCCGUACACGGCUUCGCUGAGCUUGAACUGGCCGUAUCCGACUGAUCAAGUGCUGAUUCCGGAUACGGCCGCUGCGCUGGGAGAGGGAAGUCUGGUGAUAAAUCCUGUCUUUGAAGCUCAUCUGCGGGAUCUGAGGCAUUGGAGCCUGGGAUCUGACUUUCAGCAAGCUUUCCCAGAUCUGGUGAAUGAUGCGGUAAGGGAUGAUGGCCCGCCUGAUGUCUAG